CCCAGAACGUGACUGUCGAUGAAAUCAUGACCGCCUACAAGCAAGCCUGCCAGAAGCUGAACUGCAAACAGAUACCCAAACUACUGAAGCAGAUACAGGAAUUUAAAGAUCUGGCUCCCAGGAUAGACUGCUUAGAUCUGAAAGGGGAGAAGCUGGAUUACAAAGCCUGUGAGGCGCUGGAAGAAAUUUUCAAGCGGGUCCAGUUCAAAAUUGUUGAUUUGGAGCAAACGAGCUUGGAUGAAGAUGGCGCCUCGGCGUUAUUUGACAUGAUCGAGUAUUACGAGUCAGCGACGCACCUCAACAUCUCCUUUAACAAACACAUUGGCACCCGCGGCUGGCAGGCAGCUGCCCACAUGAUGAGGAAGACGAACUGCCUGCAGUACCUGGAUGCCCGAAACACGCCCUUGCUGGACCACUCAGCCCCCUUCGUGGCGCGCGCCCUCCGUAUCAGCAGCAGCCUGGUUGUCCUGCACCUGGAGAAUGCCAGCCUCUCGGGACGCCCGCUCAUGCUGCUGGCCACAGCUCUGAAGAUGAACAUGAACCUGCGGGAGCUGUACCUGGCUGAUAACAAACUGAAUGGGCUGCAGGACUCAGCUCAGCUUGGCAACCUGCUGAAGUUCAACUGCUACAUACAGAUACUCGACCUGAGGAACAACCACAUCCUGGACUCAGGUUUGGCGUACAUCUGCGAAGGGCUGAAGGAGCAGCGGAAGGGGCUGGUGACUCUCGUGUUGUGGAACAACCAACUGACUCACACCGGCAUGGCUUAUCUGGGGAUGACGCUGCCUCACACGCAGAGCCUGGAGACCUUGAACUUGGGCCACAACCCCAUUGGGAACGAAGGCGUCCGCAACCUGAAGAAUGGGCUGAUCGGGAACCGUUCCGUCCUUCGCCUGGGCUUGGCAUCCACCAAACUGACCUGUGAAGGUGCUGUGGCGGUGGCCGAGUUCAUCGCAGAGAGCCCGCGGCUGCUUCGCCUGGACCUGCGAGAGAACGAGAUCAAGACGGGCGGCCUCAUGGCGUUGUCGCUGGCUCUGAAGGUCAACCACUCGCUGCUGCGCCUCGACUUGGACAGGGAACCCAAGAAGGAGUCGGUAAAAAGUUUCAUCGAAACCCAGAAGGCUCUCCUGGCCGAGAUCCAGAACGGCUGCAAGCGCAACUUCAUCCUGGCCAAAGAGAAGGAAGAGAAGGAGCAGAAGCUGCAGCAGUCGGCCUCGAUGCCAGAGAUCACCGUGACGGAGCCUCUGGAGGAAGAAUCAGGAGAAGAAGCCAGGGAGACCCCGACUGCCUCGGAGAACGGGGACGUGGAGCCGGCCGAGGACGACGAUGACGACAGAGGCGAUGUGAUGGACUCCGAUUCGGACACAGAUGAGGAGGUGGACGCUGGGUUAGAGACAAAGGACUUGAGCGAAACACCAAAAUGCCCUGACUCAGCCGAUGGUGUUACUGCACCCCAGCCACUGCUGUCCCUGGAGAAGCCGAGGGACCGGCUGCCCCCCCUUUACAUCGCUGUGGAAUCGCAGCGCGACGCCAGCGCGGGGAGUCCUGCCACCUCUCCGGCCUCUGCACCUUCCCAGGGAAACGAGAGAAGGAUUUCAGUUUCCAGUCCCGGGCGAGGCCAUAAAAUCUUCGUGGUGACGCGAGUGGAGAGCCUGCCGGAGCAAGCCACCAAUGCCGCACGCCCACAGGAGGACACGGAUGCCAGUGCGAAACCCGCUGAGCCCCAGAGCCCAGCUCCGGCCACAAAACCUGAACUCCCGGCACCCUGGCUGAACGGAGCGAUUCCUGAAUCUGAGACCAGCUUGGUAACGCCGCCAGGAGCGCCAACCACCAUCUCCGACCCCGAGCGGGGCAACCCCACGGCCUGCGAGAGCAUGGCCCACGACACUCCCCUCCCCAACGGCCUGAAGAUGGAUUUUGCACGAGCGCUGCCGGAAGUGUCUUCGGAUGGCGACGGGAAGAUGGGGAGCUGCGCCGCCGAGCAUGAGCUGAGCUGCUCCAAGAACGAGCAGGAGCUGGAGGAGCUGCUCCUUGAGGCCAGCGCGUGUCAGGAGCCGCUGUGA